UCAAAUCUGUACACGUCACCUUGAAAUCCUAACCUUAUUCCUAACGUCUGUCUUGUAUAUUGUUUAUAAUUUUUAAGAAAAACCUCUGAAAAUGGUGUCAAUAAUAAAUUCCGUGGAUACGGGUCACGAGGACAUGAUCCACGACGCCGAGGUGGAUUACUACGGCCUCAAAUUAGCCACCUGUUCGUCGGAUAACAGCGUCAAAGUUUACGAUAUCAAAAACGGGGCCUCCACCUUAUUAGAUGAGCUUAAAGGGCACUUUGGACCCGUUUGGCAGAUCGCCUGGAGUCACCCCAAGUUCGGUAACUUGUUAGCUUCCUGUUCUUACGACCGCAAAGUCAUAAUAUGGAAGGAGACCAACAGAAAAUGGGGCAAAUACUAUGAGUACUCCAAUCACGAUUCCAGCGUCAAUUCUGUACAGUUUGCGCCCUCAGAACUAGGCCUAAUUUUAGCUUGCGGCAGUAGUGAUGGCUCUAUUUCAAUUUUAACCUACACUCCCGAGACAAAUACAUGGGAUGCUAAAAAAAUCCAAAACGCCCACGCUAUUGGAUGUAAUUCAGUUAGUUGGGCUCCUGCAACAACCCCUCUGUUUAACGGCAACGAAAAUGAACAACAGCCCCUUGUUAGAAGGCUUGUUUCAGGUGGUUGUGAUAACUUAGUUAAAAUUUGGAGGGAAGAUGGUGAUCGAUGGGUCGAAGAAAACAAAUUGGAGGUUCAUUCAGACUGGGUGCGUGAUGUUGCCUGGUCUCCCUCUGUAGGCCUGAGCCGUCAUACUAUAGCCUCCUGUUCACAAGACAGAAGAGUUGUAAUAUGGACAUCAAACGAUUGUAUUACAUGGAACUCUACGAUAUUGCAUUUGUUUGAUGAUGUAGUUUGGAACGUCAGUUGGUCUUUGAAUGGAAAUAUUCUGGCUGUCUCAGGGGGUGAUAAUAAGAUAACGCUUUGGUCCCAGAACACUGAAGGUGUUUGGCAGUGUAUUAGCGAUGUAUCCAAAGGACAAGGCCACAUAAACAAUUAAAAACUUACUUUUAUUUAGAUUCAAUGUUGUAAAAAUUCAUUUAUAUAUUAUUUCUUUUGUUAGGAGUUAAAAUAAUGUAUUAUGCUUUCGUAAUUUUUAAAAAUAAACAAAUAUUUUCCAA